AUGCAUUACAAAAAUCUUAGCCAACAGAUUGCAGUGCAUUCCCCUGAGUUCAUCUCCCUCAAUCAAUGUGCGUUUGUAAAAGGAAGGACCAUUGGAGAUAACAUCUCCCUAUCCCCCUACCUCUUUAUGAUGACUAUUGAGGUUCUCCCAAAGCUCUUGAAUGCUGCAGCUCUCGAAGGCAAGAUUGGCUAUCAUCCUAAAUGUGGUAAACUGCAGUUGACCCACUUGGGCUUUGCUGAUGAUCUCUUGAUUUUUCUGAAAGGGGAGGCUGCUUCUUUGGGAGCUGUUAUGGAUAUUUUUGAUAGGUUCUACGAAAUGGAGGCUUCAGUUAGUCAAGUCAGUGGUCCAUUACUUGGAAGUGAUCGGAAUAGAAGAUAUGGGAUUCCUCUAUAUGCUUCGGUGGCUUCUGCUCUCUCUAGCACCGAUUGGGAAGGAAGAUGUUUCGGGGAGAACAGAAGACAGCAACUUUGUGAAGCUCUAAAGAGCUUGACUGUUAAUAUUGAUGAAAAGGAUGAAGCUAGAUGGACUGUCUCAAAGAAGGGGAGUUUCAUGGUCGCGAGCACAUGGAAAGCUUUAAGGAAGAAGUGCAAUAAUAUUUACUGGUAUGAACUAGUUUGGUUUCAACCAUGUGUUCCUCGAUACAGUUUUAUCAGCUGGCUUGCCAUUAAAAACAGGUUAGCCACUCUUGAUAGAAUUGCUUGUUGGACCAUUGGGGCUGGAGACAAAAUGCUAUGUUAG